AUGAAAAACCACACAAUAAAAACCUUCAUCCUAUUAGGACUGACAGAAGACCCUCAAUUUCAGAUUCCAAUUUUUGUGUUUCUGUUUCUCACGUACAUGCUGAGUAUAACUGGAAAUCUGACCAUCAUAUCUCUCACUUUAUUGGACUCUCACCUUAAAACACCUAUGUACUUUUUCCUACAAAAUUUUGUCUUAUUGGAAAUUUCAUUUACAUCUGCUUGCAUUCCUAGAUACUUGUACAACAUAGCAUCAGGUGACAGGUCAAUUACUUAUAAUCUUUGUGUCAUUCAAGUGUUGUUUACUGAUGUCUUUGGAGUAACAGAAUUUUUUCUUCUGGCCGCCAUGUCCUACGACCGCUAUGUGGCCAUCUGCAAACCCUUGCAUUAUGUGACCAUCAUGAGUAACAGAGUCUGCAGGAUUCUAGUCAUCUGUUAUUGGAUGGCUGGUUUGUUCAUCAUAUUCCCACCACUUACCCUGUUCCUAAAUUUGAAAUUCUAUGACUCUAAUGUCAUUGAUUAUUUUUUCUGUGAUGCAUCUCCUAUCUUGAAGAUUUCGUGCUCAGACACCAGGCUCAUAGAGCAGUUGGUAAUUGUUUGUGCUGUGCUGACCUUCAUUCUAACCCUUGUGUGUGUUGUUCUGUCCAACAUAUACAUCAUCAAAACCAUUCUAAGAUUCCCCUCUGCACAGCAAAGGAAAAGGGCCUUUUCCACCUGUUCUUCUCACAUGAUUGUGUUUUCCAUCACCUACGGAAGCUGUAUCUUUGUCUAUAUCAAUCCUUCAGCAAAGGAAUCUGUGGCUAUUAAUAAGGGUGUGACCAUGCUAAUGACAUCCAUUGCUCCCAUGUUGAACCCUUUCAUUUACACUCUGAGAAACAAACAAGUGAGACAAGUAUUCAGCGACUCAUUUAAAAGAAUUGGUUUGGUCUCAAAUCAUUAA